AUGUCUUUAGAACAAACAGCUUGCGAUGCGGUUCUUACAGACUUGAAGGCUUUUGAAAGGCGAUUGACAGAAGUUAUAGCAUGUCUUCAACCUGCUACCAUGAGAUGGAGAAUUUUGUUAGCAGUGGUGUCUGUAUGUACUGCAAUUGCAGCUUGGCACUGGCUCACUGAUCCACUUACACCAGUGGUUUCUCUCACACAGUCACUAUGGAAUCAUCCUUUCUUUGCUUUUACAUCUACAUUCUUAGUAUUACUGUUUAUGAUGGGUGUGCACAGAAAAGUAAUAGCCCCAAGUAUUAUCACUGCAAGGACUCGCUCAGUGCUCAAUGAUUUCAACAUGUCCUGUGAUGAAAGUGGAAAGCUUAUUUUAAAACCCAGACCAGCUAACACA